AUGACUCGGAGGAAUAAGGUGCUGUUUUCCUUGACCAGGAAGCGGAUUCGUCCGUCGUACAAUAAGUACAAUGUGUUUAAUGCCAUGACUUGGCGGAAGAAUAUUCGUCGCGGCACUCUGUAUCAGCAAAUCUUUUCUGCAAAGCAGGAGUCGAGAAGCUACCAUGGUGAGCAUUUGACGGAAACUCAAUUUCGAAAUAUUUUCAAGAGCGAGCUCAACUCGGUGAAUCCUCUUCAGUCGACCAAAUCUGCAGGCUCAGCCGAGUCCAAGAGCUCGCAAGACGAGAUUCCUUGGGCUUUGCAAACGUACGUGGGUCUUGAACGUCGUCUUGAUACAGCCGUUUUCCGGGCUAUGUUUGCUUCCAGUAUUCGUCAAUCGGCGCAAUUUAUUGUCCGGGGAAAUGUCAAAGUCAACGGCAUCAAAAUUAAACAGCCUGGAUAUAUUUUGCGUCCUGGAGACGUCUUCUCAGUCGAGCCAGAACGGGUUCUCGAGGCACUUGGCCGUCAGAAACCUACCAUCAAGCAAUCGGUCGAACUCGUCAACAAACAGAUUAAAAAGUAUAAUAAAUAUCUCGACAAGUGCCGAGCCAAGCCAGAAGUCAUGUGGAGAAUCCGCCAACACAACAGAAAGAGAAACAAGGCCUACUACACCAAAUAUCUCGAGAAGCAAACUGCUAGGAACAUUGCCUGGAACAAACAGGUUCGUGAGGACAUGAGCAAGAAAAUUGACGAGGUCACACCAGUGUCGGUUCUCGAGGGUAUUCUUCGUAACGAAGCUUACUUCAACAAACACGGUACACUACCACAAGACGGCGGCAAGGCCAUUCUCGCCAAAUCCUUGAGUAUUUAUGGUCUUGUCAAGGGCGUCAAUGUCAACUUGAAGGUCGAUUCUGCUCCUGCUGUUAAAGCUGCUGCUACCGAAACCACAACCGAAAAUACUGCCUCAGAAACUGCUUCAGAAACUGCUUCAGAGACUGCUACAGAAACUGCUACAGAGAGUACAACCGAAUCGUCAGCUGCUGCUGCUGCUGAAACAGGAGAAGUUGCUAGUGCCGAUGUCAGCAAAACCGUUUCGAAAUACUACUCGAAGGAAGAAUCUGGAGAAUCCGGACCAGCUAACAAGUCUGAUGUGAAGAAGCUUGUUCAGGACGUGGUCAAGCUGCGUCAAGAGCAUAUUAGACAGACGUACUCAAGCAAGAUCCGAGACCUGAAAAACAGCAGUGAAGAGUACGAUCCUACCUGGGUCGACAGACUGCCCGAGAAGCUACCAAUAGUGCGAGCCAAAGACGCUCGUGAAGAUAUCAACUCGGUGUUGCCCAUUCGAUUACCAUACGGGCACGGUAAACUGUACGGACUUUCCAAGCCCGAAAAGGGCUACUUCACGCCAUGGACCCCCCGACAGUUCCUGACUCCAUUCGCGGUGCUGCCCCACCACAUCGAAGUGUCGUUCCUGACAUGCCACGCAGUCUACCUACGAGACCCCGUGGCCCGACCAGGCCACUCGGAGCUCGUGUCUCCCUUCCCUCUCGACAUGCAUGAACGAGCUCACAUGUACUACUUUGCCAGAAGACGUAAGAACAUCUAA